GGAGUUAUGCCAACAAUCCCAGGGGCAGUAUCCAGCCGUCACUUGUACAAUCGUUGUGUUACGUGGUUGUGACAGGAUGCCGGCCGUCAGGAGUCAGUGAUUUUCAGGGCACUUUCCCGCACUUACGCAUCCCAGGAAUGAAAAUGCCUACACAUACAAGAUUUACUGGCAACGGGGCGGACCUACGGGACUCUACAGCAUGUCCGGUCGUCGUGCGUCCCCAGCACGAUUCCAACUGCUUCGAACUUCGGAGUGAUAAAUUAUCAAGUCUUCUCACCAACAGCGAUAUUGCUGACCUCCCUGUGGUAGUCUUGUCAGUCGCAGGGGGCUUCCGACUCGGAAAGUCCUUUCUUCUCGGAUUCUGCAUCAGGUACCUCAAGCACCUAGGGAUGUCGUCAGACCCAUCAGAUUGGAUGGACGAGGACAAUAUACCCUUGACAGGCUUUUCUUGGAGGUACGGCAGCGAAAGGGAGACCACUGGUAUUCAGCUUUGGGGCAAAGUGUUCAAGGUGAAGACGCGAAAAUACGGGCUCGUGGCAGUCGUUCUGAUGGACACAGAAGGCUCAUUCGACAACAGGUCCACGAUGGAAGGAAAUGUCACAAUUUUCGCAAUGAGCAUGCUACUGAGUUCUAUCCAAGUGUACAACCUGACCAAACAUAUAACGCAAUGCAAUCUGGAACACCUGGAGCUAUUUGCGGAGUAUGCUAGCAUGGCUAAAAGUGCUGGCGGCAAGAACAAAGAAGUGUUUCAGAAGCUCCUCUUCCUCAUUCGUGAUUGGCAAUAUCCCGGAGAGAAGCCAUUUGGACUGGAAGGAGGACGAGCGCUUCUUCACCCUUUCCUUCAAAGGGACCCCACACUGCCACGUGAAGUAUCCGACCUGCGCGAAAAAAUCAGAACCAGCUACAGCGAAAUGGCAUGUUUCCUCAUGCCCAGACCCGGUGACGCGGUGGAGAACAAGAGGUUCGACGGAAGGCUUCGUGAUAUAUCUCAAGAUUUUAAGCAUCACUUGAAGAAGCUUGUGCCUUAUCUUCUUUCGCCCGAAAGGCUGGUUCCAAAAAUGAUCAAUGGAAGAAUUGUCACCUGCAAGGAGCUCGUGUGCAUGUUUCACGCUUAUUUCAACGUCUUCAAAGGAAAACAGCUCCCGGCACCCAUGACGGUCUUCAACGCAACUGCAUAUGUAAACAAUCAGCUGGUCAUCGAAGAAAUCGUCAAUUACUAUGAAACCGAAAUGAAAAAGAUCGCCUGGAUGGAUGAAUUUCCCGAAUGUGACACUAACAUCAAAAAUGAACAUGAUACACUGAUGAUGGAGUGUUUGUCAAUGUUCGAGAAUGAAACCACGCUGGGAAGCCACGACACAGAGCUUCGGGAACAGCUCGUGAAGGAACUCACUGCUCGCUACGACAUGCGCCAACGUACUCGUAAACUGUUGAGGGAGCUUAACGAGGAGAUGGAGCACCGCAUUCGGAUAGAUAGAGAAGAGGCUCAGCGUCUUUAUGAAGAAGAAGCCCAAAGGGUGAUUGAAGAGGAGAAUGCGAGACAUAGGGAAGAGAUGGCUGCUAUGGAAGAAAGACAGCGCAGAGAGAUGGAACAGAUCCAGCGAUCGCAACCCAGAGAUGAUGAUGAAGAUGAUGAUGAUGAAGAUGAUGAUGAUGAUGACGACGACGACGACGACGACGACGACGAUGAUGAUGAUGAUGAUGAUGAUGAUGAUGACAUUUGCGUUAUCCUUUGACAGUUAGAGGCGACCAGGCUCUGCUCUCUGUGGACUAUUCAAUCAAGAAAUACUCAGGCAGCAGUGUGAUAUUCGUACUGGUUGUGUGAUUGGUUGGCUUUGCCGAUGUCGUACUGGGGUAGAUCGAAUGGCGAUAUUGGUCCAAUUUGGUUACUGCAGCAGGGCUCAGUUGGGAUCAGUAUUGCAUGCCGUCACUCAACUCUGCCAUUGCCAAAGUGGUUACGAUCAGGCAAACCCUUACUAUAAUUCGUUAACUUUUACUUGCAACAUACCCAGUGUCCCUCAUGGUUGUUUUAGCCCAUGCACGACGAUCGCAUUAAACUUUGCCAUAGGGGGGGGGGGAUAUGUUUAUUAAGAAAAGGAAAAGAAAGGCUUUGCCAUAGAUUUUACAAAAAAGUUGCUGUGUACGCAAAUUACUAGACAUAUGAUGAGUUACUAGAUUUCGUAUGGCUGCUUUCGGGUUAGUGUUUUUAGUUCUCAGUGAAUAGAUUUCCGUUAAGGAAUGUUCUUUACAUUAUUUUCUAUUGUGUGGAAGAGCCUACUCGUUCCCUACUUCACCUCCGGUGCUUAAGAUUGUCUAUGUCUUUGACUUCCCGUGAAAAUAAAAAGACCAAGCCUCUGGUAUUCAUAUAAUUGGCAACAUAAGUGCAUCGGUGCGCCGUCUAUAGGCAACCGGAACGGUUGUCACACGGUUCAUUUGUCCCUUAGUUUCCCCAGCAAUCGACCUUAUUUGGGGCGGAGGUGCCCUGUUUGGAAGCGGUGUUAUAUGUUUAAUCUGAGAUACUUCAGAAGGUGUGUUGUAGAAAACCAUGGGGAGUGUACCCACCCUUGGAGGGUGCAGGAAAAUCCCUGCGUUUGUCCGUCUUCCUUUUUAUCGCCAUCUUGCACUCGCAAAUUUCACCUAGCAAGCUCCUAGGCAACCAUCAUUCCGAAUGACAUGGUUAUCUCUCAUCGUUUACUGAAAGCGGGACGCCUUUUUUGUGACACGCACUGCGCAAUUGUCACAAGAAAGUCCCACGCUUCCUAUUUUCAUCAAAUCAGGGGACAGAACGAUACCAUUCGGGAUGAUGGUUGGCUACGUGUGCAUGCUAUGUGGUGAAGUUGAUUCUCAAAUGUGGGACAAGUGUCUAGUAAUAUUUUGCUCGACGAACAUCCUGUCUACACAUAAGCCGACAGUUGCUUCUUUAAGCUUUCGUCGGUCCCGCAACGAAAUCCUCAGAGG